AUGGCGCUCAACGUCCCCGGGCUGGUGGCCACCGUCGUUUUCUACGCGCUGGUGCUCGGCAUCGGGGUCUGGGCCUCGGUCAAGUCCAAGAGGGACGAGAACAGGACGCAGGCCAACCACGCCGACAUGGCCCUGCUGGGGGACAGGAAGAUCAGCUUAGUGGUGGGCAUCUUCACCACCACCGCCACCUGGGUUGGAGGAACCUUCAUCAUCGGCACGGCUGAGACGGUGUACGACCCCAAGUUCGGCCUGGUGUGGGCCGUCAUGCCUCUGGCAGCGACGGUCGCCUUCACCCUCGGUGGGCUUUUCUUCGCUGAGCCGAUGAGAGACAGGAAGUACGUGACCAUGAUGGAUCCUUUCCAGAAGAAGUACGGAAACGUUGUGUGUGGAGUUCUGUCUGUGGCGCCGCUCAUGUCCGAAAUCAUCUGGGUGACGUCAACAUUGAUCAGUUUAGGUGUGACCAUGAGCGUCAUCCUGGACCUGUCCUACGCCGUGUGCAUCUGGAUCUCAGCCGCCGUGGCCGUGGUCUACACCCUGCUGGGGGGGCUCUACUCUGUGGCCUACACCGACGUCAUCCAGCUCAGCCUCAUCUUCAUCACCUCCUGGCUCUGCGUCCCGUUCAUCUUCAUGAGUCCGGCCUCCGUCGACAUCGCCUCCACCUCCUUCAACCACACCUUCCAGGCGCCCUGGGUGGGCUCUGUGACGGCCGGCAGGGCCUGGAUGUGGCUCGACAUCUUUCUGCUGCUGAGCGUCGGAGAUUUGGGUUUUCAGGACUUCCACCAGAGGACGCUGUCGGCGUCGUCCUCGGCCACGGCCAAGCUGCGGUGCUACGCCGCCGCGGUGCUGAUCCCGACGUUCGGAGUGCCUGCGGUGCUCAUCGGCGCCGUGGCAGCAUCCACCGACUGGAACCAGACCUCGUACGGUUCUCCGUCCCCGUUUGACCGGGGUCAGACCGGGUUGAUCCUCCCGCUCGCCCUCACCCACCUCACUCCACCCUACAUCUCCGUCGUCGGCAUCGGCGCGGUGGCCGCCGCCGUCAUGUCCUCCACCGACUCGGCCCUGCUGUCCUCCGCCUCCAUCUUCUCCUCCAACAUCUACAAGAAGAUCCUGAGGACCGAGGCCUCGGAGAACGAGCUCCGCUGGGUGAUCCGGGUGUCCGUGGUGGUGUUCGGGCUGGCUGGGACGUCGCUCACCUUCCUGCACACCGGCGUCAUGGCGUUCUGGGUGCUGGGCGGAGAGAUCGCCUACAUCAUGAUGUUCCCGCAGCUGGUCUGCGUGCUCUUCUUCGGCGUCUCCAACGCUUACGGCGCCGCUCUGGGCUUCGGCGUGGGAAUCGUCCUCAGACUGCUGUGCGGCGAGCCGCUGCUCGCCAUCCCUCCGGUUCUCCACUUCCCGGGCUGCAGGCUGGAAGACGGCGUCUACGUCCAGUACGCCCCCAUCAGGACCGUCUGCAUGCUGCUGGUCUUUGUGACCAUUCUCGCCUCCUCCUGUCUGGCUUCGGUCCUCUUUAGCAGAGGACUCAUUCCUGAGAGGUGGGAUGUGUUCAAGGUUAAAGGUCGACUUACUGAACAAACUGAGACGGAAAUCGCCCUGCCUGUCGGCGUCCAGGCAGUAAGCGCCGCAGAAGACGUGGUCGGAGAGGAGGGCUACAUGUCAAGCUUCGAUCCUACCUGA